AUGGCCAGCCCCAUUGCCAGCACAUCCAGGACAACCCUCGGCAGCUUGUCGAGGAGCUCCGUUUACUCGAGAGCUGCUCUACCUUGUUCCACCGUCCGUGCUCGCAGUCUCUCGAGCGAGGUUCUUCAGCCCUCGGUUCCUGUUGCAGCUGAUAUGGAUGCAGCAACAGCGGUGCAUUCACAAGCAACUCCAACCCAAACCCAAACCACUACCGAGGAUGCAUCCGAAACACGUCGACUCAGGCGCACCGUCAUGAACCAACUCUCCGACCUCGGCAGCACACAGACGCGCGCUACUUCGUUCAGACCGCACAAGCUUCGACUGAACCCUGUGGAUGCGCACAAGCUCACCCUCAGCCACCUCGUCGCGUCUACCGCGCAGGUCGGUCACUCUCUGUCAUCACUCAAAGCUGCGAACCAGCCUUACAUCUACGGUCAGCGUCAUGGUGUGGCCAUUUUCGACCUCGAGCGCGCUACGCUGCCCGCUCUGCGCCGAGCUGCUUCGGUGGUUAAAGCCGUCGCCGAGCGCGAUGGUGUGAUUCUGUUUGUUGGCACUCGCCCCGGUCAGCAGGCAGCUGUGCUCGCGGCUACAAAGCGUCUUGCUGGUAACGGUUUCCACGUCACUGCCGAGCGAUGGAUGCCUGGUGUCAUCACCAAUGCUCCCAAACUGCUCGCUUCGGCUAUCCUCAAAUCUUUGCACGACCUCGAUCCCACUGGUACCGCAAACACCAACCGACUUGCCUCGCAAACACUUCAGCCUGACCUCGUCAUUGUUCUCAAUCCCAUCGAAAACUCGUUUGCCAUCCGAGAGGCUACACAGGCCAACAUCCCCACUAUCGCCAUCACCGACUCGGACGUCGAUCCCAGGUGCGUCACAUACCCGAUCCCAGCCAACGACGACUCGAUCCGCAGCGUCGAAUUGAUCAUCGGUGUUCUCUCCAAGGCAGGAGAGGAUGGUUUGAAGGUCAGAGCCAAGAAGCUCGACGAGGCCGAUAAAAUCGAGCGCAAGGUCAACAGAACUCUCCAGAGGCGUGUAGAAGGUGCCAACUUCGAUCCACGAACCAGGUCUGCAUCCAGCCAAACCACUCGUGAUCCUGAGGAGGACGAUGACUAA